AUGUCAUCGGUCGCGGAGGCCGUCGUGGUCGCCCCCGCUCCGCCUCCGCCGGUUGAGGACCCGAACAUCCGCACCACCCAAAGAGCCCUCGAGGCCAAGCAGAUUCUCCAAAAAGCAGUCAACGCGACUGGAGUCAGGCAUGACUGGACAAGAGAGGAGAUCUCCGCCAUCUACUACCAACCCCUGAUGGAGCUGGCCUUCCAAGCCGGCUCCGUCCAUCGCCGAUUCCACAACCCGGCCGAGGUCCAACUCUGCACGCUCAUGAACAUCAAAACGGGCGGCUGCACCGAGGACUGCUCUUACUGCGCGCAGUCUACCCGAUACCAGGACGGCACCGGCCUGAAGGCGAAGAAGGUCGAGAGCGUCGAGUCCGUCCUGGCGGCGGCCCGCACCGCCAGGGACAAUGGCAGCACGCGAUUUUGCAUGGGCGCCGCGUGGCGCGACAUGCGCGGCCGCAAAAACAGCUUGAAAAACAUCAAGGCCAUGGUGACUGGUGUUCGGGAGAUGGGCAUGGAGGUGUGCGUCACCCUCGGCAUGAUUGAUUCGGAGCAGGCCAAGGAGCUCAAGGAGGCCGGCUUGACGGCCUACAACCACAACGUCGACACCAGCCGCGAGUUCUACCCGUCCAUUAUUUCCACUCGCAGCUACGACGAGCGUCUCAAGACGCUGAGCCACGUCCGUGACGCCGGUAUUAACGUCUGCUCCGGUGGCAUCCUCGGACUCGGAGAGUCGUCGGACGACCGCAUCGGUCUGCUGCACACCGUUUCCACGCUGCCGUCGCAUCCCGAGAGCUUCCCCGUCAACGCGUUGGUGCCUAUCAAGGGUACGCCGCUGGGCGACAGGACGCCGAUUCAGUUCACGAGCAUGCUGCGGACCAUCGCGACCGCGCGGAUCAUCAUGCCGUCGACCAUCAUUCGCAUCGCCGCCGGAAGGAAGACGAUGUCGGAAGAGAAGCAGGCUCUUUGCUUCAUGGCUGGCGCCAAUGCUAUUUUCACGGGAGAGAAGAUGUUGACGACGGACUGCAACAACUGGGACGAGGACGGUGCCAUGUUUGGACGCUGGGGUUUGGAGCCGAUGAAGAGCUUCGAGAAGUCGGAGAAGCCUGCCGCCGAGUUUGGAUUAUAA